AUGGCGUCGUCAUCCCCGAUCACACUUCCAUUUCUGCGAUUCCCCGUUGAAGUACGCCUCUGCGUCUACCGGUUUCUGAUCCCCAACGUGACCAUUCGAAAUUUCCCAUUGAUCCGCGGUAGAAACAAGACCGCCAGUCUCCGAAUAGACAAUGUCCCCUGCUGUCCAGCUCUUCUGCGCACCAAUCAUCAGAUCUACAACGAACUCGUCUCGGAGUGGUACGGCUCCACUCCCUAUGAAGUCAUCCUCGACAACAAGUACGUGCUCUUCUGCGGAAAGGUGAUCCCUCCAUACGCAUCCUUACCCUCAACCAUCCAAUGGGUACGGUCCAUACAGCUGUCCUUUUCAAUACAGGGCGCCCCGCGCUUUAUCCAUAGUCCUUCAACCCUUGAAAGUCUCCUGGGAUUCCAGGACCGGGUUAUGGCGCUGGCGCUGUCUCUAUCCCCUAGUGGUACUCGCCAGCUGCGGAAUCUACAUAUUACUGUCGUGGUUAACAUCCCGUUGCUGAUGAGUCUGAGUAAGACGCCGAGUGAGCUGCUCGAUCUGCUCAGUUGGAACUUCGGCCCGCUAAGAGAAAUGGUCUCCGACGUUCCUCAGGUGGAGUGGGAGCUGUUCGAGCAAAGCUAUGGGAUUCAGAGUUGGGAAUUCAUUCAGUCGUAUGCUGGUCUCAAGGCUGUUAUGCAGGGGUACUUGGAAGAUAUGCGAUCGGAUAUGAUUGAUCAUCCCGAGGUGGAGGAUGGAAUUGUAAAUUAG